AUGCUCUCGACGGCCCUGCGCCAGCGGCUUGCCAGAGCCAGCUUGGCCUCGGCGAAUAACCAUGGGCGUCUCUUCUCAACCGCGGCGCCCUGUCGCGCCGACGACAAGCUCAACAGGGUGUCGGCGGCCAUCACGCAGCCCAAGUCCCAGGGUGCCUCCCAGGCCAUGCUCUACGCCACCGGCCUGUCCGAGGACGAUAUGAACAAGGCGCAGAUCGGCAUCUCUUCCGUCUGGUACGAGGGCAACCCCUGCAACAUGCACCUCAUGGACUUGUCCCAGAUUGUGCGCGACUCGGUUGCCCAGGCCGGCUUCGUUCCCUACCGAUUCAACACGAUUGGCGUCAGCGACGGCAUAUCCAUGGGCACAAAGGGUAUGAGGUAUUCGCUGCAGAGCCGCGAGAUCAUUGCCGACAGCAUCGAGACCGUCAUGAACGGCCAGUGGUACGACGGCAACAUCAGCUUGCCCGGUUGCGACAAGAACAUGCCCGGCGUUGCCAUUGCCAUGGGCCGCGUCAACCGCCCCAGCAUCAUGGUCUACGGCGGCUCCAUCAAGCCCGGCUGCACAAAGGCCGGCGAUCCCAUCGACAUAGUCUCCGCCUUCCAGGCCUACGGCCAGUACAUCACGGGCGACAUCUCCGAGGAGCAGCGCUUCGACAUUAUUCGCAAUGCCUGCCCCGGCAGUGGCGCCUGUGGCGGCAUGUACACGGCCAACACCAUGGCCUCAGCCAUUGAGACCAUGGGCCUCACCCUCCCCGGCAGCAGCAGCAAUCCCGCCGAGGACGCAAGCAAAAGGGCCGAGUGCGAGGCUGUUGGAGGGGCAAUGAGGAAUCUCCUCAAGGAGGACAUCCGGCCCCGCGACAUCCUGACCCGCCAGGCCUUUGAAAACGCCAUGACUGUCGUCUCCAUCCUGGGGGGCAGCACCAACGCCGUGCUGCACUUAAUCGCCAUUGCCGACUCUGUGGGCAUCAAGCUCACCAUCGACGACUUCCAGAGCGUCUCGGAUCGCAUCCCCCUGCUUGCCGACCUCAAGCCGUCCGGCAAGUACGUCAUGGAGGAUGUGCACAAGAUUGGCGGUACCCCGAGCCUUCUCAAGUUCCUUCUCAAGGAGGGCAUCAUCGAUGGCUCAGGCAUCACCGUCACCGGCAAGACGAUGAAGCAAAACGUCGAGAACAUGCCCGACUUCCCCGCAGACCAAGACAUCAUCCGCCCCAUGAGCAACCCGAUUAAGCCCACCGGCCACAUCCAGAUCCUCCGAGGGUCGCUGGCGCCCGGCGGCUGCGUCGGCAAGAUCACCGGCAAGGAAGGCCUGCAAUUCACCGGCAAGGCCCGCGUCUACAACGCCGAAGACGACUUCAUCGCAAGCCUAGAGCGGGGCGAGAUCAAGAAGGGCGAGAAGACUGUCGUCAUUAUUCGUUACGACGGGCCCAGGGGCGGCCCGGGCAUGCCUGAGAUGCUUAAGCCGUCGUCCGCCAUCAUGGGCGCCGGCCUCGGCAAGGACGUGGCUCUGCUCACGGAUGGACGCUUCUCCGGCGGCUCACACGGCUUUAUCAUCGGCCACAUCGUCCCCGAGGCCAUGCAAGGCGGGCCCAUUGCUCUGGUCGAGGACGGCGACGAGAUUGUCAUUGACGCCGAGAAGCGCGUGCUUGACCUGCUGGUCCCAGACAAGGAAAUGGAGCAGCGGAGAAAAGCAUGGAAGGCGCCGACGCCGAGGUACAACAAGGGCACGCUGAAGAAGUAUGCUUCACUCGUCAGCGAUGCCAGCUCGGGCUGUGUCACAGAUGGGCCGAUAUAA